AUGCUUUUCCAAAAGAUUACCUUCAUGUUGGCUGCUGCCUCCGCGGUGUGCGCUUCUCCCGAGCCCACCGGCCUCCUGGAGCGUGCAGGUCUCAGCAAAGCCUGCACCUCCGUCGUGAAGAACAUCUCCCCAAUCCUGACAGCAACCCCCACGGCUCCCUACUCUCUCAUCGACUACAUCGCCUCGCAGACGGAGUGGACCACCCUAUCCAGCUGCGAGGUCCCCUGGGUCACGGGAAGCAUGGCCAGCCAGUUCACCUCCUACAUGUCCGCCCGGUCCAGCUGGCAGUCCGAGCACAAGAGCGAGAUCAAGAAGUUCGUCUCCGCCUGCGCGGACGACCUGAUCGAGCUCGGCGAGGAUGCUGGCGUCGACCUCUCCGCCAUCACUCAGACUUGCGACGCGUACCUGUGGCCGACUUCAACUGCUCGCCCCACCUCCAGCAACAGCGAUAACAGCAGCGACGACAAGGACAGUGACAAGGGCAGUGCUGCCCACAUGUCGAUCUCUAUCAUCGCCGCGGCUCUGGCUGCUGGUGUUGUGGCUGCCGGUCUACUAUAA